AUGGAGAAUGCAGAGAUGCAGGUGACAUGGAAUCUGGAGCCCUUGCCUCAUUUCCCCAUGCAGGCUUCCCCAGCCCGGGAAUCAGUAACUUACAGGAUGAGGGACAGAGACGUGGCUAUAGGAAUCAUCUUCUUAAUACAAACUUUGGCUGGAGUUUCAGGCAAUUCCUACCUCAUGUACAAUUAUCUCUCGCUUUACUUCAAGGAGCGCCAACUAAAGGCCAAGGACUUGAUUCUGAUGCAUUUAACUCUAGCCAACUUCUUAACACUCUUCUGUAAAGGAGUGCCCCAGACAAUGGAGGCUUUUGGCAUCAAAUGUUCCCCCAGUGACUCUGGGUACAGGCUGCUCUUUUACCUUCACAGAGUUGGCAGAGGUGUAUCUUUUGGCAGUACCUGCUUAUCGAGUGUCUUCCAGGCCAUCACCAUCAGACCGAAGCAUUCCAGCUGGGCAGGAAUCAAAAUUAAAGCUCCCCAAUUAAUUAUUCCCUUCAUAUACUUGACCUGGAUCCUGUCCCUGCUGGUGAACACUGAUAUACUCGAGCACAUGACUGGUAGUUUGUGCCAUACAAACAUUACUCAUCCAACGGAUUUGAGAUACCAUUCUUCUUUUCCUUGGGAGGAACCUGGUGAAAUGUUACAUGUGAUCUACGUGACCCUUCCCGAUGCUGCGUGCAUGGUGCUCAUGCUCUGGGCCAGUGGCUCCAUGCUUCUCAUCCUGCACAGGCACAAGCAGAGGAUGCAACACAUGCCCAGGUCCAAGGUCUCCUCCAGAUCUCCUCCUGAAACCAGAGCUACCCAAACCAUCCUUCUCCUGGUGAGCACCUUUGUCUGCUUUUACACCCUCUCCUCCCUCUUUACCAUCUAUUUAAUGUUUCUGCUUGACCCUGGCUGGUGGAUUGUAAAUGCCACUGGAGUAUUCUCCAUGGGUUUCUCCUGUCUCAGCCCCUUUCUGCUAAUGAGACACAGCCCCAGCUCAUCCAUGUUUUGCUGUACGUGGACAAAGAAUAGAAAAUCCUCCCUAAUUUCAUAA